AAUGUGCCAAAUCACUCGCUUCUCGAGUGGUCUAUUCUGGACUGGUCUGUGUUGUUUUGUUUGUUUUAGUUGAUGAAAAGAUUGGUGGUGAAGGAAACAAUUUGAAGCUCUGAAUGGGAUGGAAGAGGGCAGCUCCAAAGCGUUUGUUGAUGACGACGCAGUCAAGUUCCGGAAGUCUCUGAAAGAGCUGAGGGUGUUGAGCUCUCAGCUGUACCAUAUUGCUGAUUAUUGCGAAACAGCUUUCGGUAGAUCGCGGAACAAGAGACUCAUUGUGGAAGGCGCGAAGAAAUAUGCGUCCGAGGCCGUGGUGACGGUAGUCGAUCAUCUAGGGAGCAUAUCAGCCAGUCUUGAGCUCACCAUUUCAAGGAGCAAUCCAGUUCCAGAUGCACAACGCAGGAUCGACAGCCUGAACCAGAGAAUCUGGACAUGCCAAGAUCAGUUUCACAAGGUUGCCCUGGCCAGGUUUCGAUGGCAUGCCGAGCUCUCGAGAUUCCAUCAUCGCUACAUAUCUUUGCUAGCUAUAUGCAGUCCUGCGACUAUGAGCUCUGCAUCGAGAGAUCCCGGCAAAGAUGGGGAUGCUUUCAGUUGCAAGAACCAUCUGCUUCGAAAUUUUAAAGCCGAGGAAGAUAACAAAGUGCUGGUGCCGGUGCAAGACGUUGGGAUCCAGACAUUGCCCCGGCUGGAGAUCUCCAAGUUCCGGCUUCAGGAGAAUCCCAAGUCGAAGCCGAAGCCGAAGCACAGCGGGGUUGUAAUAAAAUCAAAGGCACCGGCGACAGCGCCGAACAGGGCAGCUGCGCUUAUAAGGCGUGGCAAAAGAAUUAUUCUUGCAUAAUCUCUGCUCUUUCUAAAUGUGUUUUUUUCCCACUGUAUUAUCAUAGCAUACGAUAGUAAAAAGAUUUUAAAAAUAAAUAGUAAUCUCUUUCUUCAUCUUUUGUCGUUAAUUAUGAUGAAUAAUAAAAUGGAAUUUGUAUUAACUGUACUCUUGUAAUAUUUCUGUACUGUAUGGAUCUCGCUAAAUGUUUUAUCUUAUAUUUCUUUGCA